AUGGCCGCCCCAGCACCUUCUGAGAGCGUACCUAGUCAAACAGUGCCAGCGCCAGAUCCAAAUUCCUCACAGACAGCUACCUCCAGCGAACACGCAACACUACACCCUACUACCUCCGCACCAGUGCCCGAGCCAAUACCAGCAACCACUGCCACAUCAGCACCCACCAUUCCCCCACCAGCACACCUAACCUCAACCCAACCCACCCACAUGGCCGACACCAGCAGCGCUCAAAAUUCAGUCGUCCAAUACCAUCACCCUCACCUCGACGCCGCUCAGCACUACGCCCACGAGCAGUAUCAGCAGUUGCAGGUGGAGCACAAGAAGGGGUCGGGUACGUACAAGGAGAUCAGGGUGGUAUUUAAUCGGCUUUUGAGGAAGACGGAGUUUCGGAGGAGGAGGGGGGAUGUUGGGGCGGUGGGUAGUGGUGGUGGGGAGGGGUUUGUUGCUACCGCGGGACCUGGUGCUGUUUGA